AUGAGUAUUCAAGGACGACAGCGACAGCGGGCUUCGGUGGCGUGCCUCGAAUGUCGGAACAGAAAGAUCAAAUGCGAUUUGAGCUUGAAACAUCCAUGUAGCUCGUGCCUUAAGCAUAAUUUAGAAUGUCAGCGCUCGUCAAAGGAUUUUAGGAAAGAGCGACAUGAUAGCAAAUACAUCAGAGAUUUAGAAGAACGGCUGAAGGACAACACGCACUUAUUUGAUCAACUCAAAUCGCAGAUUGCUCUACUUUCAGACACAAUAUCUGGGAUCUCCAGACCUGAAAAGCAGCCAUCAAAACCUGUGGAGAAAAGUCAUCACGAAAAUGUACAAUAUCCAUGGACAGAUUCUUUUCCGGAAUAUAAAAACCAAUCUCUAUCUGUUUAUGGGCCUACAAGUAUUUUCGACAGUGUGAACAUUCCUAACUCGGAGAUCAAUGAAGUUGAUCAAUUGAAGAUGCUGAACUCGGAUACUGAAAUAUUGGAAUGCAUCAAAUUAUUCUUCCAAUGGCUUUAUCCUGAUCUUCACUGUUUCCUAUACCGAGAAGCGUUUCUGCUAGAUUUCUUCCACCCGAAGAAGGACUUUUCAUAUUGUUCCAAAGAGCUAGUUUUAUCCAUAUGCUCUAUUGGUGCUCUGCUAUCAUCAAAUGAUAAGAUAAAAGAAAAGUCAUUAAUGUUUUACGAUGAGGCCAGAGAAAGUCUUUUGAAGAAAUUAAACCACCCAACGUUGACGUCUCUACAAAGUUUCUUACUUCUUGGUCUCUACGAUAUUUACAGCGGCAGAAAUAAUGGAGGAUGGAUGUUGUCCGGAUCUGGUCUUAGGAUGGGAUACAAUCUUGGAUUUCAACUGAGUCCCAAGAGCUGGAAUGUUGGAUCAAAGCAUCAAGUGAAUGAGACUAAUUUGGGUAUCCGUAGCAGGGUGUUAUGGGGAUCUUAUUUAGCAGAUCACUUUAUAAGUUUGAUUUUAGGAAGACCUAGUGUCUUGAAGAUGAGCCAGACUACCAUUGAGGAAUGCGAGACUAUGCCCAACAUUGAAUGGAUUGAUGAGUUCACUUACAAGGAUCCGCGCUCGGAUGAAACCCCUGAAGAGGUUGAUAUUGUUAAUCCGCUCAAAGCCAUUGUUGACCUGAUUAAUAUCACCGAAUACAUGCUCUUGGAAAUAUUUACUGGCGCUGGACCUUUGGAUGAUCACUCGUUCGAGAUAUCUGAUAAGCUUAAGCUUCUUCAAAAGUAUAAUGAAGAACUAAUAGAGUGGAAAGCUCGAUUGCCCGAAAACCUACACUGGACACCAGCUAAGUUGGAAACUGAGGGAUGUGACCCAACAAAGAUGGUCUUGAAAUACUUCUACUAUAUCGUCCUUCUAUGUUUGAAUCGCCCAUUCAUCAGCCUGACCAGAGAAUCGCCAGAAUCGAUUAAAAUAUGUCAGGAUGUGAUAUCCGAACUACACAUUGCCAUUACUCAGUUUACAAGUAUCCACGGAUUUCGCAAGUGCUCAAUUUUGAUCAUCUACUCUUGCAUUCUAUCAAUAUCUGUGAUUCUUCUUUCAUCCAAAAGAAGUGUUGCAGAAUACCUCCAUCAGAAUCCAAUCACACGACAGCACUUUUUCGACUUCAUGGUGGUACUAGAAAAAAGUGGUGAGACGUGGAAAUUGAGUGAGAAGUCAUAUGCAAUGAUUCGGUCCAAGCUGUCGACUAACUACGAGUUUGACUACGACUCCGAGUACGCAGCUUAUCUGAAAAGCACACCUCCAUAUUUAGACAACUACAAAGAGCCCGAUUGGGGCACAGUUCCACUGGACAAUAGUUUUGGCGGACCACCCCUGUUUAUGACUUCUGAAGUUUUUGACAAUUGGGAGUCCUUGUUCCCGGAUUAUACGUUUAAUGAUAAACUUUGA